AUGUCGAAAGAAUUAUCUUUAAAUCAAAAAAACUAUUUAAUACAAGCAUUAAAGUCGAAUAUUCGAUUAUCAACUUCCAAUAGUGGUGGUGGCAGCAAUGGAUCACGAAAAUUCAAUCAGUUUCGACCAAUUGAUAUCAAAUUAUCAAACACUAGAUAUGGAUCAGUAGAAUUAUCAUUAGGUAAAACCAAAGUCAUGGUAAAUAUUACAUCAAGAAUCACUGAACCUUAUCAAGAUCGUCCAUUUGAAGGAAUCAUGACAAUAAAUUGUGAAAUACCUAAUCAUAUUAAAAUUCAAUCAAAUGAUAAUGAUAAUGAAGAUGAAUUUAUAAAUUUAAUUAAUCGAGCAUUAGAUCGAGCUAUACGCAGAUCAAAUGCGGUUGAUUUGGAAAAUUUAUGUAUUAUUGCUGGAGAAAAAGUUUGGGAAUUAAUUAUUGAUUUACAAGUAUUAAAUUAUGAUGGUAAUUUAAUUGAUAGUGGAUGUUUAGCCAUAAUCACAGCAUUACUUGAUUUUAAAAAACCUGACGUGACAAUCAAUAACAAUAAUACUAGUAGUAAUAGUUCCACAAGUGGUAAUAUUAUCAUUCAUGAUGAUGAAAUGAAACGACCAUUUAUUGAAUUAUCAAUAUUACAUAUUCCAAUAUGUUUAACAUUUCUGUUAUUUAAUCUUGGAUCUAAAGAAACUAAUUUAAAAACUAAUGAUAUUGAUCAAGAAAUUUGGUUAUUAGAUGGUGAUGUCAUGGAAGAAUCAUGUCGUGAUGGAUAUUUAAUUAUGACCAUGAAUCAAAAUCAUGAAUUAAUUCAAUUAAGUAAAAUUGGUGGUGGUAUUAAUGGUGGAGUAUCUAUAGAUGGUCAACAAUUAAUUAAUUUAUGUCAUGAAUCAAUAGAUGAAAUUAAUCGAUUGACUAAUUUGGUUAAAUCAACGGUAAAGAAUCAUCAAUUGAAUAGAUAUAAUAAUGAGAAUUAUAAAUUAUUAGAAUCAAGUGCUGAUAGAUAA